CAUGGCUGAUCCUGGGACCAGAAGAGGGAUCCACUGCCCUCUGAGUCUCACCUGCUCCCUGCUCAUUGUGGGACUGUGCUGUGUGUCUCCUUUGUUCUGUCACAGUCAGACAGACCUGCUGGCUCUUCACCAAGCUGAUCCUCAGUGCUGGGAGUCCUCCUCAAUGCUCCUCUUGGAAAUGCGGAAGCCUCGUGUUUCUAACACUGUUUCUGGCUUUUGGGAUUUUAUGAUCUACCUGAAGUCAUCUGAGAACUUGAAGCAUGGGGCACUGUUCUGGGAUCUGGCCCAACUCUUCUGGGACAUCUACGUAGACUGUGUCCUCUCCAGGAACCAUGGCUUAGGAAGGAGGGAACUGGCUGGAGAGGAAAAGAAGGAAAAGCAAAGCUCAACAGUGCUGCCUUCGGGGAUCAAACAAGGUGCCUAUUCUCAGCUCUUAAGAACCCCUUUCUUAAAGAAGAAAAAGUUGAUUGGAGAUUUGAUAAGCAUGUACAUGCGCAGGCGGGGCUCUAGGGUUGGUGGAAAAGAGAAGCCGGAAGUAAAGAGAAAACAAAGCUACCUUCAGAACUAACUAGAGCCUUGGAAUUAAAAAUAGAAAAAAAAAAAAAAAGAUUAUUUUCCUAUCAAUCAUUUAUGCAUUUGAAGUCAAGUAAAUGUCCAGAGGUGAAUAUCAUGCCACGUUCUCUAAGAGCACUUCGUUUUUCAGCAUCUUGGUUGCUAGCCGGUCUCUCCAUACGGUGAUUACUUCCUGAACACUCCGCUGUCUACAGGAGCCAAAGACCUUCCUGUUCUUGGGGAGGCCUGGCAUCACUGAUGAACUAGACGGCCACACAUUUAGCUUGCAUAAACCACAUGCAUCACCAGCCAUUAACCGACUGCGGCAUUGCUUAUGAAGCUGGUACAGACGGACGACACGCAUGAAUGAUAUUACUGAUGGUCUGUGAUUCUCGACCUUGUCUGAGAAAAUAGUUUUGAAUACGGAAUGAAGAAGAAACCACGGGGGGAAAUAAAACGUUCAUCUAAUGAAAACAAAAUUAAUAAAAGCUUUGGCUCCCAA